AUUGCCCAAUCUCGCCACGUUUCCCGGAGGCGCAGGCAUCGCCCGUAUUUGCUCCGUCCACGAGAGAGGGAGGCAAGGAAGGCACUCCCACGGUCCCCGGGAAAGGCUCCCACCGGAGCCCAACCCUUUACGAGCCACCCGAGAAGCCCCAGCAGGAACCGGACCCCGGGAAAGCUCCCAGCCAUGCCUCUGCCUUGUCACACAGGGGGUCACACCUGGGGGAGAGAAAAUCCGCCACCAUGCCCUUGGCGAAGGUCCCUGCCCUAAAUCCCGACCCCGGGACACCGCGGGAGCACAAGCCGGGGGGAGCCCCGAUGGACACGGGAGUGGAGCAGCACACAUCCUGACCCCUGCCCCCGUGCCAGCCCCCGGGACCAUGGAGGAGUGGAAGCCCAACCCCGCCGUGAAGCCCCACAAGAAGCGGAGCUGGUACCUGGCCUGGAAGUACAAGCUGAUGAACCAGCGCGCGCUGCGGAAGCUGUGCCAGACAGGUGCUGUCCUCUUCCUGCUUGUGACUGUGAUUGUGAACAUCAAGCUGAUCUUGGAUACCAGGAGAGCUGCUUAUGAGGAGGAAGAGGAGUCUGCACAGGACUACGAUGAUGAGAUGCUGAAUGUGGAGGUCCCCAGGCACCCUGUCAACAACAAGAAGGUCCUGGAUGUCGAGGUGUAUUCCAGCCGGUCCAAGGUCUACGUGGCUGUGGAUGGGACAACGGUCCUGGAAGAUGAGGCUCGGGAGCAGGGAAGAGGGAUCCACGUCAUCGUCUUAAAUCAGGCCACGGGUCAUGUGAUGGCCAAGAGGGUCUUUGACACCUACUCUCCCCAUGAAGAUGAAGCCAUGGUACUUUUCCUCAACAUGGUUGCCCGGGGCCGAAUCCUGAUCUUCACCAUUAAGGAUGAAGGCUCCUUUCACCUCAAGGACACAGCCAAGAGUGUCCUGAAAAGCCUGGGGAGCCAAGUUGCGCCAUUCCUGAGCUGGAGAGACAUGUGGACAUUUGUGGGGAAGAAGGGAGGGGAAGUGUACGGGGAGAAGCACGCCAAGUCACCUGCCCUCUCAACGUGGGGUGACCCCGUACUGCUGAAGACAGAAGUUCACCUGACAUCCGUGGAAGAUGCUGAGUGCCAUUGGCCCGACACGGAGCUGAACCGGCGCCGGAAGAGGUUCUGCAGCAAAGUAGAAGGUUAUGGCAGCGUCUGCAGCUGCAAAGACCCCACACCCAUCGAGUUCAACCCUGAUCCCCUCAAAGACAAUAAAGUCUUUGAUGUGCCUGUAGCUGUUAUUGCAGGGAACCGCCCCAACUACCUGUACAGGAUGCUGCGUUCCUUGCUGUCGGCUCAGGGCGUCAAUCCACAGAUGAUCACGGUCUUCAUCGAUGGCUACUAUGAGGAGCCAAUGGAUGUCGUGGAGCUGUUUGGCCUCUCAGGAAUACAGCACACUCCCAUCAGCAUUAAAAAUGCUAGAGUUUCCCAGCACUACAAAGCCAGCCUGACUGCAACCUUCAACCUGUUCCCGGAAGCUAAAUUUGCUGUGGUUCUGGAGGAAGAUCUUGACAUUUCCGUUGACUUCUUCAGCUUUCUGAGCCAAUCAAUACACCUUCUGGAGGAGGAUGAGAGCCUGUACUGCAUCUCAGCAUGGAAUGACCAGGGCUAUGAGCACACAGCUGAGGACCCCUCACUCCUGUAUCGUGUGGAGACCAUGCCAGGCCUGGGAUGGGUGCUCCGGAAAAGCCUGUACAAGGAUGAGCUGGAGCCAAAGUGGCCAACCCCUGAGAAGCUCUGGGACUGGGACAUGUGGAUGCGGAUGCCCGAGCAGCGGAAGGGCCGGGAGUGCAUCAUCCCCGACAUCUCACGCUCCUACCACUUCGGCAUCGUGGGGCUCAACAUGAACGGCUACUUCCACGAAGCCUAUUUCAAGAAGCACAAGUUCAACACAGUUCCAAAUGUCCAGCUUAAAAAUGUGGAGAGCUUGAGGAAGGAUGCCUAUGAGACUGAAAUUCAUCGGCUCCUGGGUGAGGCUGAGGUCUUGGACCACAGCAAGAAUCCCUGCGAGGACUCCUUUGUGCCCGACACGGAGGGCAAGGUCUACGUCAUGUUCAUCAGGAUGGAGCAGGAAGCAGAUUUCACCACCUGGACUCAGCUUGCCAAGUGCCUCCACAUCUGGGACCUGGAUGUCCGUGGGAACCACAAGGGGCUGUGGCGGCUCUUCCGCAAGAAGAACCACUUCCUUGUGGUGGGGGUCCCUGCCUCCCCCUACUCGUCCAAGAAACCCUCAUCAGUGACUCCAAUCUACAUGGAGCCCCCUGCCAAGGAGGAGGGGGCAGUGGCAGUGCCAGCGGUUGCAGCAGCAGAACAGACCUGAGACUGGCAGCUGGAAGUGAAGGGGACUGGGGGAAGACAGAGACCCCCACGGUGCAGAGCCAGAGUUGGCAGCAGCUCUCGGAGGCUGGUGACUGGAUACGGACUCCUGUUUUGGGCUGCAAAAUGAGAUCUUGGGCUCCCUCCAGCCCCCUGUUGUGGUCUCCCUCUCCCUUGCACAGGACAGGGUCGUUCCCUGUAGAUACGUCACCCCCAUCCCAGGAACUUUCGUUUUUUAACACAGACGCUUUACUAACGCUGCUCCUUUUGCCCCCUGGCUGGGCAAGGCUGGAGGAAGGAGAUGCUCAACUGGAGCCUAGAGGGGGCCUCAAGAAACACCUCUGCUCCCCUUUUUGGCCCCAAAGUGCUGAGAAGGCGGAAUGGUGCAAGUGCUGCAGCCUGCCAGCUGGGUGGUAUUUAUUAACUCUUGCCUGGCUGGCUCUGUGUGCCCCAUGGUGAUCACGGUGGUGAAGAGGGGAUGUUCCAGCAUCUCUUCUGUUACCUGCAUGAUGGAUGCACCUUGAAGACUGUAUGCAGGGUUGGACAUCUUCCUGCACACUGGCUUUGUUUCGUGGGCUGCAGGUACUGGUACAGCCCAGCUCACGGUCAAAAGGGAAUGCUGAAGAGGAGCUGGACCUGGUGCAGACACGUCGGGGACACCCUGUACCCAGCACGAGGGCUGUCAGUUCUGGAAGCUGGAGAUGACUGUAGAUGGAAGGGGAUCAGACUGUGCUGCAGCUCAGACCAUCCUCACCCACCUUCUCUGUGGGGAGCAGCCCUGCCCUCCGAAUCGUGGGAGAGGGGGUGAAAGUGCCUUGCAGAGCGAGAUGGGAGCAGCCACUGGCCGUGCCCCUGGCUCCAGGGGCAGGAUGGGCCAGGGUCCUCUGGAGUGAGGGAUGCUGCACUAUGACAUGGACCUUGCCUGUGGUACUGUACCCUGUCUCUCCCUCUUCCCUGCCCAGCUAUCUCCUGCUUCUGCUGAAGGCAGAGGGAGUUCCUUCUGAAUCCCCACCCUAACUGUGGUACGUUGCUAGCAGGGAAGUUGUGAGCUGAUCUAGGAUGGGCAGCCUGGCUGUCCUGCUGUGGUACACCCCUCAUGCAGAGGGAGAGGGAGGAGGUUCCUGUCCCCCCUUCCCUGCCUUAGGAAGAACCCCAGGGUCCCCUCCUGUUCCCAGACACUCGGUACUAAUGCCCCCCUUGCACCUGGGGGGGCAGUCCUGCUCCCCUUGCUCAGUACACCUCCCUGUCUCAUCCAUGCAGCAAGAGGUUGCUGCUCAGCCCUUUCCCUGAGGUCACAGGGGCUCUUCCCCUUCAUUUUUUCACUGUGAACUGAGCAUUGGGGUCUACAUACACUACACACUAACUUAUUUAUUUAUUGCUUCUGGGAAGGGGGUGGCUAACAGGAAAGCAACAUGGAGAGCUGGCAGCCCCCAGCCUGUGCAGGAGCAGUCGUGGAAGGUUUGUCUCUUGUCCCCCUGGCUCCAUUCUCUGUUCCCUGCUUUCCUCCCUUGCCCACAAUAGGAAAAGUUGCAAACCAGGGAAAUCUCUUUGGCCAAGGUGGUCCCAGUGCAGCUCUAGUGUGACUGCAGGGACUCUGACCCUUCUGGUCCUUGCAUGCCUGCCCUGGCAGCAGGAACGGGUUGCUUGCAGGAGGGGAACAAGAGCGUGCAGCACCAGGCUGAGGUUCACUCUGCCCUCCCCAACACAGGGACUCCAGUCUGGCAGCCAGUGGGCAGGUGACCCCUGUGCUGACCUUCAGGGUAAAAGGUCUUUUCAGAGUGAUGGAAAAGGGACUUGGCUUCUUUUUGGGGAACGUAGCUCGCUCCCCAUGCCCUGCUUUGGAAAAACUUCCAUGGCUCACUAUUACCCUUUCCUUAGCAUCCCAAGGCCUAGUUUCUCUUCCCCCUCAAAAUAAAGGAACCCCCUUUCCCUUCUCUAGCAGGGGCUCAGGCUUGGCUUCCUCCCAGCUCUUCUAGGGGCUGGGGAGGGUGGUCCUUAGGGUAGAGAAUGGCUAAACACAAGUUCCCCUCUCCUCUGGUGCCAACCCUGCAGUGACCAGGGGGCUGUGGGUCCCUGCUGUCAGCGACAGCAGGACUUGACUGGUGGGCAUCAUCUCCCUUCUCUGCACACCUCGCUGGGCCUGCUGGGUGCUGUUCCAUUCCUCCCCAUUCCCCCAGCAAGGCUCCGGGGUGGCAGCCAUGGCAGGGCUGGGUGUGUGGCAUCACCAGGGGUUGCCGCUUUCUGAAUCAAAUUAUUUUUUCAGGAGUAAACGUUGCAAAGCUGUUGA